UCCCCCCCCUCCUCCCCUUCCUCUCCCCCCUUUCCCAACUCCCUCCCCUCCUCUCCUCUCCUCUCCCCUCCCUCUCCCCCUUUUUCCCUCCUCCCUCCUCCUCUCCUCCCCCUCUCUUCCCCUUUCCCUCCUCUCCUCUCCUCCCCCCCUCCCUCCCGUCCUCUCCUCCCCCCUCCCCUCCCUCCUCCUUUCCCCGUUCCUCUCCUUUCCCCUCCCCCCUCCUCCUCCCCCCCCUCCUUUCCCCCUCCCUUUUCCUCUCUCCCUCUCCUCUCUCUCCCUCCUCUCCGCUCCUCUCCUCUCCCCUUUCCCCCUCCCUCCUCUCCCUUUUCCCCUUUUCCCUUUCCUUCCUCUCCCUCCUCUCCCCCUUUUCCCACCCCUUCCCCCCCGCUUCCUUCUUUUUCCGUCCCUUUUCUCCUCUCCUCUCCUCUCCUCCCCUUUCCCCCCCUCUUCCUCUCCUCCCCCGAAAACCCCCCUCCUCUCCUCUCCUCUCCCUUUUUCCCUCUCUCCUUCCUUCCCCUCCCCUCCCCUCCCCUUUCCCUCCCUUCUCUCCUCUCCUCCCCUUUCCCCUCCUUCCUCUCCCUUUUCCCCCCCCUCUCCCCCCUCUUUUCCCUCCCCCCCUCUUCCCUCCUUCCUCUCCCCUCCUCUUUCCCCUCCCCUUUCCCCCUUUUUCCUCUCCUCCCCCUCUCCUCUCCUCUCCUCUCCCCUUUCCCCCCAUCCUCUCCUCUCCUCCCUCCUCUCCUCUCCUCUCCUCUCCUCCCCCCCUCCCUCCUCCCCCCCUCCCCCUCCUCUCCUCUCCCUCUCCUCUCCCUCUCCUCCCCCCUCUCCUCUCCCUCCCCUCCUCUCCUCUCCUCUCCUCUCCCCUUUCCCUCCCUUCCCCCUCCUCUCCUCUCUUUUUCCCUUCCCCCCUCUCCCUUCCCCUCCCUCGUAUUCCUUCCUCCCCCCUUCCCCUCCCCUCCCUCUUCCCCUCCCUCCUCUCCUCUCCUCUCGCCCUCCCCUCCUUCCUCUCCUCUCUCUUCCCUCCCUCCUCUCCUCUCCUCUCCUUCCCCCUCCCUUCUACUCGCUAGGUUCUUCCCCCUUUUUUUCCCCACUCAUCUCCCCCCCUUCCCGUCAAUUUUCCCCCUUUCCCCCUUUUUCCCUUUUCCCCUCCUUCUUUCCCCCUCCCCCCUCUCCUCCUCUUUCCCCUCUUUUUCCCUCCUCGCCCUCCUUUCCCCUUUUUUCCUUUCCCCCCCCCCCUCUUCCUUCCCCCUCUCUCCCGCCCCCCAAAAGGGUCCCCCCCCGCCCCCUGGGGCCCCCCCCUUCCCCUUUGGGCCCCGCCUUUCCCCUUUUUUCCCCGCCUUUCCCCAUUUCUCCCCCUUCCUCCCUUGGGCCCCCCCUUCCCCCUUUCCCCCCCUGUCCCACUUUCCCCCCCUUUUUCCUUUCCCCCCCUGUCCCACUUUCCCCCCCUUCUCCUUUUCCCCCCUCCCCCGUUCCCCCCCUUCCCAACCUGUUUGGGAUUCCCCUUUCUACCUUUUUAUUCCCCCUCUUCGUUAUUUUCCUCAGUCCUCCGUUUUUCCGCCUUUUCGUCCUUCCCCCUCUGUUUUCUUCCUUUUUCCCCCUCGCCCCCCCUUUUUCCUUUUUCCCCUUCCCCCCCCCCCCCCUCUCUCCUGUGCCCAUCAUUUCACUCUUUGUGUCACUUUCAGUCUUUUUAAUUUGUCCUCUUUCUCUGUGGUUCCUCUCUCCCUCAGGAAUGUGUUGUGUGUCUUGGCAUAUCUCUCUGCUGUGGACUAAAAUAAAAAGUCAGCUAAACUGAGCCUGACCACGGCAUGUGAAUAAAUUAGUUUUCUAUUGGCCAUCUGUCAUAGUCCUGUGAAUAAACUAGUUUUCUAUUGGCCAGCCUUAGGGGGAUGUUCAGCUACCUCACCAUCCACAAUGUCACUGACUGCCCAAAUGACACUCUCCCCCCCCCCUCCUCUCGCUCUCUCUCGCUCGCUCUCCUUCGUCCAUCAAUGUCUGUCACUUUCAAUCUUUCAUAUACUCUUUAUUCCACUUUCCAUCUCGUACUAAUGUUUAAUCUCUCUCCUCCCCUCUCUCGUCAGGUAGAGAACAUCCUUCUGAGUGAUAAUGGGAGUUAUGUUCUGUGUGAUUUUGGAAGUGCUACUCACAAGGUGCUGCUCCCACACAAAGACGGCGUGACCGCCGUGGAGGACGAAAUCAAGAAGUAAGUGUAUGACCUUUUGAACAUGGUGUGUACCUCACUUGUCAUCUACGUGCCUACAUUCGUAGCUACACGUCAUCGGAUCGACUGUGUGGGCUGUCGUGUGUGUGGGCUGCAGUGUUGCCAACUCCUCAGUAUUGGCUGUCCUAAAAGUCGCUAGAUGUCGCUAAAUGACGUCAUCGCCUAAUUUGCAUAAUUGGCAAUGUGCAUGUAAUUGUGAUGGACGCUGUAGGAGAGAGGAAUAACGCUGUAGGAGAGAGGAAUAACGCUGUAGGAGAGAGGAAUAACGCUGUAGGAGAGAGGAAUAACGCUGUAGGAGAGAGGAAUAACGCUGUAGGAGAGAGGAAUAACGCUGUAGGAGAGAGGAAUAACGUCAUGGGAGAGACAAAAAGGGAGUAAAAAACACCCUACAUUUACAUCCCGCCCUGAAUGUCAGCCAGGGCGGGAUCAGCCAGCGGCGGCUUCCCGCAUGCGCGAUUCAUUUGCAGUCUGGACGCGGAGGGUUGAACAUCUCCUGCUCUGACUGCAGCUGGGAGGGACUGCUGCGCGAGGACUGGGCCGCCUGUGAGUGCUUUGGGACAGGGGUGGGGCCCACGGCAGCACCCGCUGCUCGUUGAGAAGAGUAAGAACGAUACGUGCUUUCACGUCAGUCUCCAAAAGUCUCCAAUAACACCAGAAAAAGUCGCUAGAUUUGUCGCUAGUCGCCUUUUUGAAAAUGUGUCGCUAGAGGGGUCUGAAAACUCGCUAAAUAUAGCGACAAAGUCGCUAAGUUGGCAUCACUGAUGGGCUGUCCUGUGUGGGCUGUCCUGUGUGGGCUGUCCUGUGUGGGCUGUCCUGUGUGGGCUGUCCUGUGUGGGCUGUCCUGUGUAUUGGCUGUCCUGUGUGGGCUGUCCUGUGUAUUGGCUGUCCUGUGUGGGCUGUCCUGUGUGGGCUGUCCUGUGUGGGCUGUCCUGUAUGAGCUGUCCUGUAUGGGCUGUCGUGUAUGGGCUGUCGUGUAUGGGCUGUCGUGUAUGGGCUGUCGUGUAUGGGCUGUCGUGUAUGGGCUGUCGUGUAUUGGCUGUCGUGUAUGGGCUGUCCUGUAGUUCCAGUACUGGUAAGUUACCACAUGUACCUCAGCACUCUGUCCAACACAAGUCCUAUAAAUACAAACACUUUGGGGUAACACUUUUAUUUUAAGUUUCUGUAAUAAACCAUUUAUAAAAUGUGUUCACCAUUUAUGAAUCAUUACUCCCACAUUUAUGAACCAUUUACUAAUCAUUAGUAAAGUGUUUUUUCCGCCCCUAAUUUAAAUCGAGCGCUAUUUCUGCUUUAAGAAUACUUUAUAAAAUGUUUUGAGUGACCAGUGCAAUUUCUCACAGGAAGAUGGGCAUGCCAUUGGUAGGACCUGGUAAUAGAAUAAGUGCACACCACAGGAUGUUUAAGGAACUAUAUGUCUGAAUAACUAACGUACUAACAUUUACAAAUGUGGUAGUAAUGAUUAAUAAAUGGUGAGCAUACUGUUUGUAAAUGCCUUAUAAAUGCCUUAUGAAUGGUUUGUAAAUGCCUUAUGAAUGGUUUGUAAAUGCCUUAUGAAUGGUUUGUAAAUGCCUUAUGAAUGGUUUGUAAAUGCCUUAUGAAUGGUUUGUAAAUGCCUUAUGAAUGGUUUGUAAAUGCCUUAUGAAUGGUUUGUAAAUGCCUUAUAAAUGGGUUAUUACAGACCCACUUCAGCCCUGCACUCUUACAUAGCACUAUGCAGUGCACUAAUGUGGGCUCUGGUCAAAACCCACUUCCUGUGUGUGUGUGUGCAGGUACACCACCCUGUCAUAUCGAGCUCCAGAGAUGAUUAACGUGUACGCUGGGAAAGCCAUUACCACCAAGGCUGAUAUAUGGGUAAGUUGGAGCGGUGGGGGGUGUACGGACAUGGUGGUGUGUGUGUGUGUGUGUGUGUGUGUGUACAUGGCGGUGUGUGUGUGUGUGUGUGUGUGUGUGUGUGUGUGUGUGUGUGUGUGUGUGUGUGUGUGUGUACAUGGCGGUGUGUGUGUGUGUGUGUGUGUGUGUGUUGUGUACAUGGCGGUGUGUGUGUGUGUGUGUGUGUGUGUGUGUGUGGACUCUAGCCAGUCAGUAACAGAAGAGCUUGAAGUGUGUGUGUGUUGUGUGUGUGUUUAUAUACAAAAGUAUCUGGACACCCCUUCAAAUUAGUGGAUUCAGCUAUUUCAGCCACAGCCGUUGCUGACAGGUGUAUAAAAUCGAGCACACCGCCAUGCAAUCCCCAUAGACAAACACUGGCAGUAGAACGGCCCUUACUGAAGAGCUCAGUGACUUUCAACGUGGCACCGUCAUAGGGAUGCCACCUUUUCCAACAAGUCAGUUCGUCAAAUUUCUGCCCUGCUAGAGCUGCCCCGGUCAACUGUAAGUGCUGUUAUUGUGAAGUGGAAACGUCUAGGAGCAACAACGGCUCGAAGUGGUAGGCCACACAAUCUCAAAGAACGGGACCGCAGAGUUCUGAAGCGCGUAGCGCGAAACAAUUGUCUGUCCUUGGUUGCAACACUUACUACCGAGUGUGUGUGUGUUUUAUUUAUUAUUAUUUUAUUUUUAUUUAACCUUUAUUUAACCAGGUAAACCAGUUGAGAACAAGUUCUCAUUUACAACUGCGACCUGGCCAAUAUAAAGCAAAGCAGUGCGAUUAAAAACAACAACACAGAGUUACAUAUGGGGUAAAACAAAACAAAGUCAAAAAUACAACAGAAAAUAUAUAUACAGUGUGUGCAAAUGGUAGCAAGUUAUGGAGGUAAGGCAAUAAAUAGGCCAUAGUGCAAAAUAAUUACAAUUUAGUAUUAACACUGGAAUGAUAGAUGUGCAAGAGAUGAUGUGCGAAUAGAGAUACUGGGGUGCAAAUGAGCAAAAUAAAUAACAAUAUGGGGAUGAGGUAGUUGAGUGUGUGUGGGGGGGGUGUAGGUGUGUGUGUGUGUGUGUGGGGGGGGGGGGGGGGGGGGUCUGGCAGUGGUGAAAAAAUUACUCAAUUGUCAUACGUAAGUAAAAUUGUCAUGCUAUACGUUAAAUUCCUGAUAUGAAGCAAACUAGACAGCACCAUGUUCUUGUUUUUAAAAUGUAUGUAGAGCCAGCGGCACACUUUAACACUCAGACAUCAUUUACAAACACAGGAUUUAUGUUUAGUGAUUCCGUCAGAUCAGAAGUUAUAUUGAAUGGUGUGUGAAUUGGAUCAUAUUGCUGUCCUGCCUGAGCAUUCUAAAUGUAACGAGUAUUUUUGCUGUCAGGGAAAAUGUAUGGAGUAAAAAGUACAUUAUUUUCUUUAGGAAUGUAAAAGUAAAUAAAUAAAAAAAAAAAAAAAAAAAAAAAAAUAUAUAUAUAUAUAUAUAGUAAAGUAAUCUAGAGAUAAACCAAAAAACUACUUAAGUACUUUACACCACUGGUGUGUGUGCGGGGGGGUGAUCGUGGGAUAUCUGUGUUUGUUCUCACCCAUCAAGGGACAGCAGUCCCAGAUCAUUCCAAAUUCUCCUUUUAUACAGCUUCAUCAGCAAGCACAGAGAACCAGAGACGGAUGAAUGUAUAUUAUGACUCCAUGUUAGCACUUCACUACAAGGACAAACUGAAAUGAGAAAUAUACUGUCUUCAUUUGUCAGACAGAGGAGAGAGCAUUCCCCAUGUUAUAUAACACACUGUAUAUAGGCAUGCAUUGGAAUAUGGUUUAAUUAUGAUGUUGUACAAGCUGCGUUUCUCUGUUUCAGGCUCUCGGUUGCUUGUUGUACAAGCUGUGUUUCUCUGUUUCAGGCUCUCGGUUGCUUGUUGUACAAGCUGUGUUUCUCUGUUUCAGGCUCUCGGUUGCUUGUUGUACAAGCUGUGUUUCUUCUCUCUCCCGUUCGGGGAGAGUCAAGUCGCCAUAUGUGACGGAACCUUUAUCGUUCCUGACAAUUCCAAAUUCUCCUUGAAGUUGCACUGCUUAAUCAGUAAGUAGCACUGCCCAGUUUUUCAGCACCACACUAACCACCAAGCUGUCAAUCCAUAUAACAAUUAAACCACAAUGAACAUUGUCAUGUGAAUGUUUCUGAUGUGUAAACAUUUAACUUUCCAAUUCAUUUGACCAAUCAGACUCUGUCAUUGUUCACACACCCACUGUAGACCUUUAAUACAAAUAUUAGCCAAUAGCACCACCUUGUGGACAAAUGUGAGAAAAGCAUUUAAUACAUUGAACCAGGGUGAUAAUGGAUUAUACCAAGGUAGUAAUAGUAUUUCAUACCGCAUUACAAUUCACUCUGUGUGCAUAUCAUUUAUAUUUUAAACCUGUGUAAAAAGUACAUGCCUUCUCUUAUGGACAGUGGGGAUUCUCUGGUUUGUCUGGGAUGCUAUAAAUUCAUCUAUUUUUUAAACCAUAUGUCCCCUCUUUUCCAGGAUAUAUUAAACUAUAUGUCCCCUCUUUUCCAGGAUAUAUUAAACUAUAUGUCCCCUCUUCUCCAUAAUAUAUUAAACUAUAUGUCUCCUCUUCUCCAUAAUAUAUUAAACUAUAUGUCCCCUCUUCAGGAUAUAUUAAACUAUAUGUCCCCUCUUCUCCAUAGUAUAUUAAACUAUAUGUCCCCUCUUCUCCAUAAUAUAUUAAACUAUAUGUCUCCUCUUCCUCAUAAUAUAUUAAACUAUAUGUCCCCUCUUCUCCAUAAUAUAUUAAACUAUAUGUCCCCUCAUUCUCCAUAAUAUAUUAAACUAUAUGUCCCCUCUUCUCCAUAAUAUAUUAAACUAUAUGUCCCCUCUUUUCCAUAAUAUAUUAAACUAUAUGUCCCCUCUUCUCCAUAAUAUAUUAAACUAUAUGUCUCCUCUUCUUCAGGAUAUAUUAAACUAUAUGUCACCUCUUCUCCAUAAUAUAUUAAACUAUAUGUCCCCUCUUCUCCAUAAUAUAUUAAACUAUAUGUCCCCUCUUCUCCAUAAUAUAUUAAACUAUAUGUCCCCUCUUCUCCAUAAUAUAUUAAACUAUAUGUCCCCUCUUCUCCAUAAUAUAUUAAACUAUAUGUCCCCUCUUCUCCAUAAUAUAUUACACUAUAUGUCUCCUCUUCCUCAUAAUAUAUUAAACUAUAUGUCUCCUCUUCUCCAUAAUAUAUUAAACUAUAUGUCUCCUCUUCUCCAUAAUAUAUUAAACUAUAUGUCUCCUCUUCUCCAUAAUAUAUUAAACUAUAUGUCUCCUCUUCUCCAUAAUAUAUUAAACUAUAUGUCUCCUCUUCUCCAUUAAUAUAUUAAACUAUAUGUCUCCUCUUCUUCAGGAUAUAUUAAACUAUAUGUCACCUCUUCUCCAUAAUAUAUUAAACUAUAUGUCCCCUCUUCUCCAUAAUAUAUUAAACUAUAUGUCCCCUCUUCUCCAUAAUAUAUUAAACUAUAUGUCUCCUCUUCUCCAUAAUAUAUUAAACUAUAUGUCCCCUCUUCUCCAUAAUAUAUUAAACUAUAUGUCUCCUCUUCUUCAUAAUAUAUUAAACUAUAUGUCUCCUCUUCUCCAUAAUAUAGUAAACUAUAUGUCCCCUCUUCUCCAUAAUAUAUUAAACUAUAUGUCCCCUCUUCUCCAUAAUAUAUUAAACUAUAUGUCCCCUCUUCUCCAUAAUAUAUUAAACUAUAUGUCCCCUCUUCUCCAUAAUAUAUUAAACUAUAUGUCCCCUCUUCUCCAUAAUAUAUUAAACUAUAUGUCCCCUCUUCUCCAUAAUAUAUUAAACUAUAUGUUUCCUCUUCUCCAUAAUAUAUUAAACUAUAUGUCUCCUCUUCCUCAUAAUAUAUUAAACUAUAUGUCCCCUCUUCUCCAUAAUAUAUUAAACUAUAUGUCCCCUCUUCUCCAUAAUAUAUUAAACUAUAUGUCCCCUCUUCUCCAUAAUAUAUUAAACUAUAUGUCUCCUCUUCCUCAUAAUAUAUUAAACUAUAUGUCUCCUCUUCUCCAUAAUAUAUUAAACUAUAUGUCUCCUCUUCUCCAUAAUAUAUUAAACUAUAUGUCUCCUCUUCUCCAUAAUAUAUUAAACUAUAUGUCUCCUCUUCUCCAUAAUAUAUUAAACUAUAUGUCUCCUCUUCUCCAUAAUAUAUUAAACUAUAUGUCUCCUCUUCUCCAUAAUAUAAUAAACUAUAUGUCUCCUCUUCUCCUUAAUAUAUUAAACUAUAUGUCUCCUCUUCUCCAUAAUAUAUUAAACUAUAUGUCUCCUCUUCCUCAUAAUAUAUUAAACUAUAUGUCCCCUCUUCUCCAUAAUAUAUUAAACUAUAUGUCCCCUCUUCUCCAUAAUAGAUUAAACUAUAUGUCCCCUCUUCUCCAUAAUAUAUUAAACUAUAUGUCCCCUCUUUUCCAGGAUAUAUUAAACUAUAUGUCCCCUCUUCUCCAUAAUAUAUUAAACUAUAUGUCCCCUCUUCUCCAUAAUAUAUUAAACUAUAUGUCCCCUCUUCUCCAUAAUAUGUUAAACCAUAUGUCCCCUCUUUUCCAGGAUAUAUUAAACUAUAUGUCUCCUCUUCUCCAUAAUAUAUUAAACUAUAUGUCUCCUCUUCUCCAUAAUAUAUUAAACUAUAUGUCUCCUCUUCUCCAUUAAUAUAUUAAACUAUAUGUCUCCUCUUCUCCAUAAUAUAUUAAACUAUAUGUCCCCUCUUCUCCAUAAUAUAUUAAACUAUAUGUCUCCUCUUCUCCAUAAUAUAUUAAACUAGGUCUCCUCUUCUCCAUAAUAUAUUAAACUAUAUGUCUCCUCUUCUCCAUAAUAUAUUAAACUAUAUGUCCCCUCUUUUCCAGGAUAUAUUAAACUAUAUGUCCCCUCUUCUCCAUAAUAUAUUAAACUAUAUGUCCCCUCUUCUCCAUAAUAUAUUAAACUAUAUGUCCCCUCUUCUCCAUAAUAUAUUAAACUAUAUGUCUCCUCUUCUCCAUAAUAUAUUAAACUAUAUGUCUCCUCUUCUCCAUAAUAUAUUAAACUAUAUGUCUCCUCUUCUCCAUAAUAUAUUAAACUAUAUGUCCCCUCUUCUCCAUAAUAUAAUAAACUAUAUGUCUCCUCUUCUCCAUAAUAUAUUAAACUAGGUCUCCUCUUCUCCAUAAUAUAUUAAACUAUAUGUCCCCUCUUCUCCAUAAUAUAUUAAACUAUAUGUCCCCUCUUCUCCAUAAUAUAUUAAACUAUAUGUCCCCUCUUCUCCAUAAUAUAUUAAACUAUAUGUCCCCUCUUCUCCAUAAUAUAUUAAACUAUAUGUCCCCUCUUCAGGAUAUAUUAAACUAUAUGUCCCCUCUUUUCCAGGAUAUAUUAAACUAUAUGUCCCCUCUUCAGGAUAUAUUAAACUAUGUGUCCCCUCUUCUCCAGGAUAUAUGCUUGAGCCUGACCAUGAGAAGAGACCAGAUAUCUAUCAAGUCUCCUACUUUGCCUUCAAGUUAGCUGGAAAGGAGUGUCCAGUGCCAAAUCUCUUUGUAAGUCAGUGUUCAUUCAUUGUGACAGAUGUAUUUGUACUAAGUGAAAUGAAAGAUCAGUGGUGUGUAUCCAGCAACGCUCAUGGUUGUAUCGGCCCCUCUGCAGAGCUCCCCUCUCCCCACGUCACUUCCUGAGCCACUGACAGCUAGCGAGGUUGUUGCUAGGAAGAGCAAGACGAAAGCCAGGUACAGUCACAUGUCACUGCUGUGGGGAUAUAUGUGGAACAUACGAGUCGGGUCUCUCUAGCAAAAUAGAUUUAAAAAUCAAUGAGAAUGUAUAAAUAAAGGUAAAUUGAAGUUUUCACUGUUCUUGUUGUUCCCCUACCAUUCCAGAAUCACAGAGUCCGCGGGCCCGACAGCAACUUCCAUCGCUCCGAGACAGAGACCCAAGGCUGCCAACAGUAACGUGCUGCCCAUCCCUGUAGCCAACACAGCUGUCACCCCUAUAGCAGUGCCCGCCGCUGUCACGCCCGCCGCUGUCACGCCCGCCGCUGUCACGCCCGCCGCUGUCACGCCCACCGCUGCCACGCCCACCGCUGCCACGCCCAUCACCCCUACAGCUGUCAGCAAUGGGCAGAAAGGUGAGAGUACAAAAGUACUGUGUGUGUGUGUUUAUCUGCCAUUGUGCCCUUGAGCAAGACACUGAACCCCUAUUACAUUGAUGGAAGUUACAAUCUAUCUGCAAUAUUAAAGCUGAUCUACCCCCUAAAAAAAAAAAGACACUGAACCCCUAAGCGGCUACCCCCCCAGGGGCAUUGCUCUGUGGCUGACCCUGUGCAUCUCAACUUGUGUGUAUAUUUGGGGGGGGGUUUGCAUAAGCAGAAGACACAUUCUCACAAAAUGGACAAUAAAUCCUCUCCUCUCCUCUCCUCUCCUCUCCUCUCCUCUCCUCUCCUCUCCUCUCCUCUCCUCUCCUCUCCUCUCCUCUCCUCUCCUCUCCCUCUCCUCUCCUCUCCUCUCCUCUCCUCUCCUCUCCUCUCCUCUCCUCUCCUCUCCCACCCCUCUCCUCUCCUCUCCCCUCCCCUCCCCUCCCCUCCCCUCCCACAGCUCCAACACCUGGUAACAGCCAGCCGGUUGCUCCACAGCCUCAGAUAGCCAACCGGGUCCUCCAACAGCUGCAACCUGGAGACCUGCGUCUGCAACAACAACUCCAUCAACAACAACAACAACAACAACUCCAUCCUGUCCAUCCACAGCAGCUCCAAUACCUCCAGGUACUACUGAGUUACCUUCACUGUCUGACACCAGGGAAUCAGUGUUGUGUAUGUUUAACUUCAGGUGGUACCUUCCUGUUUGCUUCCUGUUCCGUGUCUAGUGAGAACAACACAGGGAUGUGUUCAGUAAGGCACACCAUAGCAAAAAAGUUUUGCAACUCAAAACGAAGAACCGUGUCCUUUUUUGGAGAAAUUGAGUUAGUACCUCCCAAUUUCAAAACGCUUUCCUCCCUAUUGAACACAACCCUGCUCAACUCUUUCCUUCCUAUUGAACACAACCCUGUUCCAACCACUACUUCCUCCCUAUUGAACACAACCCUGAUCCAACCACUACUUCCUCCCUAUUGAACACAACCCUGAUCCAACCACUACUUCCUUCCUAUUGAACACAACCCUGAUCCAUGCACAACUAGUCUAAUCUGAUAGGGUAACAGAUUGGCUGGUUGUUAGGGAAUGUACGUAAAGAUCUACCCGUCAAUCAGUCUAUAAAUAAUCUUAUAGCAAUCUAAGAUGUAAUCUUUUUAAUGUAGAGAGAAACUAACAUGGUCUACCUCUCUCCUCUCAGUACCAGCAGGCUCUUCAUCAGCAGGCUCUUCAGCAACAGGCCCUUCAACAGCAGGCCCUUCAGCAACAGGCCCUUCAGCAACAGGCCCUUCAGCAACAGGCCCUUCAGCAACAGGCCCUUCUCCAACAACAGAUGAUGAUGCAGCCCGUGUAUCAGCAACAACAAGCCCAGGCUCAGGUCCACUAUGCUGCCAUGGUAAGACACACAGGCAGAUGAUUUUUAAAUGGGCGGAUGGUGAAUGUCGAUGUGCUUUGGUGUACAUAUCCCGGGAAAAAGUUGAGUGAUCUUGAAACCGUGGAGAGGGAUACACCUAUCCAUUUACAGGAAGAUUAGCCUGAUUUUUUUAAAUUCUCAAGUGAUUUCGCAUGUUUAAAUAUUUAAGUCAUGGUUCUACCGACUCCAUGAGAAUCCUUUUUCAAAUCAUGCAUAAAAAAAAUAUUUCACUUUCUUUGGAAUGGCAAACCAGAAAGUUUAACAAGCAUAUUUAUAUAUAACGAACAUGAGUUUGGAGGGUUAAAACAAUUAAAUAUUAAGGCAUUAAUUAAACCUCUCUUAAAGCCUCCAUUGUACUGACAUUUUAUCUAAAUCCAAACUGGUUUUCUAGCAAGCUAAUAAGAGAGGUCCAGCCUGUGUUUUGAGAGUGGGCUCUUUGCCUUUUUGCUAAUUUAAAACCUUCAAUUUUUGGUGGAUUGACAAUGGAUCCCUGUUUAAAGUCAUACGGAGUUGGCUACAAUUUCAAUGUCAUCCUCCAGAUAAGGCAGAUCUAAUAAUGUUGACCAGAAUGGUCAAUAUAUGGGUCAUUGAACAGUCAGAGUCAAUAGAAUAUAUUUUCUGGUACUGUCCAUCGGUGGCUCGAUUGUGGAGUCCAGGUCCAGGAAUGGUUUUUAUGUCAUAUCAGGGUUCAGAUGGCCCGGCAAACUGUAUUAUUAGGGGAUCUGAAAAACCACUGGAAAUAUUAUACUCUUGGGUAAAGUAUUUAUUUGUAGGGCAAUAUCGGAAAAAAUGGUACAAAUAGGGAGGUUCGGGAUAGUAGAGUGGGGGAGGUUCGGGAUGGAGAGGAUAGUAGAGUGGGGGAGGGGGAUAGGAGAGUGGGGGAGGGGGAUAGUAGAGUGGGGGAGGGGGAUCGUAAGAGUGGGGGGGGGGGAUAGUAGAGUGGGGGGGGGGGAGUGGGGGGGGGUAGUAGAGUGGGGGAGGGGGAUAGUAGAGUGGGGGAGGGGGAUAGUAGAGUGGGGGAGGGGGAUAGUAGAGUGGGGGAGGUUGGCUGGGAGAGAAUAGUAGAGUGGGGAGGGGGAUAGUUAGAGUGGGGGAGGGUCGAUAGUAGAGUGGGGGCGGGGGAUAGUAGAAUGGGGGAGGGAGGAUGGGAUAGUAGAGUGGGGGAGGGGGAUAGUUUAGUAGAGUCGGGGGGAGGGGGCGGGGAUAGUAAGUGGGGGAGGUUAGGGAUGGAGAGGAUAGUAGAGUGGGGGAGGGGGAUAGGCCGAAGUAGAGUGGGGGAUAGUAGAAGUGGGGGGUGGGAUGGGGGGAGGGGGAGGAUAGUGAGUGGGGGAGGGGGGUAUAGUUUAGAGUGGGGGGAGGGGGAUCCCAGUUAGAGUGGGGGGAGGGGGGGUGGGUUAGUAGAGUGGGGGAGGUUGGCGAUGGAAGAGCGGAUAGUAGAGUGAGGGGGAGGGGGAUAGUAUGAGUGGGGGGAGGGGGAUAGUAGAGUGGGGGAGGGGGGGAUAGUAGAGUGGGGGAGGGGGGCUAUUGAAGUGGGGGAGGUUAGAAGAGGUUCGGAGAUGGGAGAGGAUAGUAGAGUGGGGGAGGGGUUCUAUAUGUAGAGUGGGGGAGGGGGAUAGUGAGAGUGUGGGGAGGGGGAUAGUAGAGGGGGAGGGGCAUGAUAGUAGUAGAAGUUGGGGGAGGGGGAAGUAGGGAGUGGGGUGUGGAGGGGGAUAGUGGGGAGGGGGAUAGUAGAGUUGGGGGGGGAGGUCGUGAUUAGUGGGAGGAGGUUCAAGGAUAGCUGGGGGAGGGGGAUAGUAGAGUGGGGGAGGGGAUAGCUAGAGGGGGGGGGUGAGGGGGGGGGAUAGUAGAGGUGGGGGAGGUUCGGGAUAGUGGGGGAGGUUUGGGAUAGAAUGGGGGAGGGGGGAGAGUAGAGGGGGAGGUUGUGGGAUAGUAGAUUGGGGAGAGGGGGAUAGUAGUGCGGGAGGGGGGAUAGUAGAGUGGGGGAGUUCGGAUAGUGGGGGAGGUUCGGGGAAGUGGGGGUAGGGGGAUUAGUGAGUGUGGGAGGGGGAUAUAGAGUUGGGGGAGGGGGAGAUAGUAGAGUGGGGGAGGGGGAAUGAGAGGGGGGAGGAGGGAUAGUAGAGUGGGGGAGGUUUGGGUAGUGGGGGAGGUUUGGGAUAGUAGGGGAGGGGGAUGGAUGGAACAGUAGAGUGGGGAAGGUUCGGGGCGGAUGAGGAUAGUAGAGUGGGGAGGGGGAUAGUAGAGUGGGGAUAGUAGAGUGGGGGAGGGGGACAGUAGAGUGGGGGAGGGGGAUUAGUAGCGUGGGGGAGGGGGGAGGGGGAUUAGAGGUCGGGGGAGGGGGGGGUGGUAGUAGUCAGAGUGGGAGGUUGGGAAUGGAGAGGUAGUAGAGUGGGGGAGGGGGAUCAGGGAGGGGGAUAGUAGAGUGGAGAGGGGGAUAGUAGAGUGGGGGAGGGGGGGAUAGUAGAGUGGGGAGGGGGGAGGUGGAAUAGUAGGUGGGGGGGAGGGGGGGGGGGAUAAGGGGGGUGGGGAUAGUAGAGGUGGGGGAGGGGAGGGGGAUAGUAGAGUGGGGGAGGUUGGGAUGGAGAUGAUAGUUAGAGUGGGGGAGGGGGAGGGAUAGAGAGUGGGGGAGGGGGAUGUAGGUGGGGGAGGGGUUAGAUUGGGGGCGAGGGGAUAGUAGAGUGGGGAUGGGGAUAGAUAGUAGAGUGGGGCGGGGGAUGGGGGAUCGUGGGGGAGGGGAUAUAGAGGGGGGGGGGGGGGAGGUUCCGGGAUAGGGGGGGAGGUUCAGGAUAGUUGGGGAGGGGGAUAGUUAGACGGGGGGAGGGGGAUGGAUAGUAGAGUGGGGGGGAGGGGGGGGAUGGUAGGGGGAGGGGGGAUAGUAGAGUGGGGGAGGUUUGGGGAUAGUAGAGUGGGGGAGGGGGGAGGGGGAUAGUAGAGUGGGAGGAGGUUCGGGAUAGUGGGGGAGGUUUAAGGUGCGGAUAGUGGGGGAGGUUCGGAGAUAGUAGAGGGGGUGGAGGGGGAUAGUAGAGUGGGGAGGGGGAGAUAGGAGAGGGGGGAGGGGGAGAGAGAUAGUAGAGUGGGGAGGGGGAGACGAGAGUGGGGGAGGGGGGAUAGUAGAGGGGGAGGGGGGAUAGUAGAGUGGAGGGAGGGGUGAUAGGAGAGUGGGGGGGAGGGGGAUAGUAGAGUGGGGGAGGAGGGUUAGUAGAGUGGGGGAGGUUUGGGAUAGUGGGGGAGGGGGAUUGGAUAGUAGAGUGGGGGAGGGGGAUAGUCAGUGGGGGUAGGGGGGAUAGAGAAUGGGGGAGGAUUGAUAGGAGAGUGGGGGAGGGGGGGGUGUAGAGGGGAGAGGCUUGGUAGUGGCGUGGGGGAUAGUCGAGUGGGGGAGGUUCUGGAUAGCGGGGUAAAGUGGGGAUGGGGGGGGAGGGGGGGACAUUAGAGUGGGGGCGGUUCCGGAGUGGCGAGGAUUAGUUAGAGUGGGGGAGGAGGACAGUAGAGUAGGGGAGAGGGGAUAGUAGCGUGGGGGAGGGGGAUUAGGGGAUUAGAGUGGGGGAGGGGGUAGGUUAGUAGAGUGGGGGAGGUUGGGAUGAGUGCGUGGAGGUUCGGGAUGAUAGAGUGGGGGGGAGGUUUCGGGAUAGGAUAGAGUGUGGGGGGGAGGUUAGGGGAAUAGAGUGGGGGGGAGGUUCGGGAUUAGAGUGGGGAGGGGGAGGGGGAUAGGAGAGGUGGGGAGGGGGAUAGGAGAGUGGGGGAGGGGGGAUAAAGAGUGGGCGAGGGGGGCGAUGUAGAGUGGGAGGGGGGGGAUAGUAGAGGGGGGAGGUUUGGGAUGAUAGUAGAGGGGGGGAGGGGGAUAGUAGAGUGGGGGGCGGUUGGCGAUAGGGGGGAGGUUCGGGAUGAUAGUGGGGAGGAGGUUCGGGGAUAGUAGCGUGGGGGGAGGGGAUAGUAGAGUGGGAGGGGGAAGAGCUGAUGCGAGAUAGUAGAUGGGGGAAGGGGAUGAGUGGGGGGGGGGUAGUAGAGUGGGGGAGGUUUGGGGAUAGUGGCGGAGGUAGAGGGACUAGAGUGGGGGGGAGGUCUCGGGGACUGAGUGGGGGGGAGGUUAUUCGGGGAUGGAUGAGAGUGGGGGGGGGGAGAGUCGGGAUAGAGUGGGGGAGGGGGAUCAGGAGAGUGGGGGAGGGGGGAUAGGAAGAGGGAGGGGGGGGAUGGACUAGGAGAGUGGGGGAGGGGGAUAGGAGAGUGGGGGGGAAGGGGGGAUUAGGGGAUAAUGGAUAUAGAGUGGGGGAGGGGGAUAGUAGAGUGGGGAGGGGGGGGGAGAUGGGAUAAGUAGAGUUGGGGGAGGUUGGAUAGUAGAGUGGGGGGGGAGCGGGGAUAGUAGGUGGGGGAGGUAGGGAUAGUUGGGGGGGAGGUUCGGGAUAGUGGGGGAGGUCGGGAUAGAGCGUGGGGGGAGGGGGAUAGUAGAGUGGGGAGGGGGGAAGAUAGUAGAGUGGGGGAGGGGGAGAUUAAGGAGAGUGGGGGAGGGGGGAUUAUGAGAGUGGGGGAGGGGGAGGAUAGUUAGGUGGGGGAGGGGGAUAGUUAGAGUGGGGAGGGGGAUAGUAGAGUGGGCGGCAUUCGUACCAAGGGGAAGUAGAGUGGGGGAGGAGGGUUAGUAGAGUGGGGGAGGUUUGGAUUGGUGGGGGAGGGGGAUAGAGUAGAGUGGGGGAGGGGGAUGAUAGUAGACGUGGGGGGAGGGGGGGAUAGUAGAAUGGGGAGGGGGAAUAGGAGAGGGGGGAGGGGGGGUUAGAUAGAGUGGGGGAGGUUCGGGAUAGUGGAGUGGGACAGUAGAGUGGGGGAGGAGGUUUGGGAUAGUGGGGGAGAGGGAUAGUAGAGGAGGGGGGAGGGGGAUAGUUAGCGUGGGGGAGGGGGAUAAUGGUGGGGGAGGGGGAUUCGGGUAGUAGAGUUGGGGGAGGGGUUGGGAUAGAUGGUGAGGUAGGGUAGAGUGGGGGGGAGGUUAGGAUGAGUGGGGGGGAGGUAGGGAUACGAGUAGGGGGGAGGUUAGGGGAUAGAGUGGGGGUGGGAGGGGGAUAGGAGAGUGGGGAGGGGGAAUAGGAGAGUGGGGAGGGGGGCUAAUAGAGUGGGGGAGGGGGGAUAGGAGAGUGGGGGAGGGGGGAGAUCGUUAGAGUGGGGGAGGUUUGGGAUAGUAGAGUGGGGGAGGGGGAUAGUAGAGUGGGGGAGGGUCGGUCGGGAUAGUGGGGGAGGUUCGGGAUAGUGGGGAGGUUCGGGAUAGUAGAGGGGGGGGAGGGGGAUAGUAGAGUGGGGGAGGGGAGCUAGAGAGGUGGGGGAGGGGAUUAGAGUGGGGGAGGGGGGUGGGUGGUAGUCGAUGUGGGGAGGUUUGGGGAUAGUGGGGAGGUUCGGGAUAGAGUGGGGGGGAGGGUGCGGAUAGAGGGGGGUGGGAGGGUCGGAUAGAGUGGGGGGAGGUUCGGGAAGAGUGGGGGAGGGGGAUAGGACAGUGGGGGAGGGGGAUAGGAAGAGUGGGGGAGGGGGAUAGGAGAAGUGGGGGAGGGGGGAUAAUAGAGUGGGGGAAGGGGGAUAGUAGAUGGGGAGGGGGGAUAGUAGAGUGGGGUAGGUUUGGAUAGUAGAGUGGGGAGGGGGGAUAGUAGAGUGGGGGGAGUUAGGGAUAGUGGAGGGGAGGUUCGGGAUAGUGGGGGAGGUCGGGGAUAGUAGGUGGGGGAGGAGGGAGGGGUGCAGUAGAGUGGGGGAGGGGGGAGGAUAGUAGAGUGGGGGAGGGGGAGAUAGUAGGAGUAGGGGGAGGGGGAUAUGAGAGUGGGGAGGGGGGAUAGGGAUGAGGGGGGUAGUCGAGUCUGGGGGAGGGGGAUAGAUAGAGUGGGGGAGGGGGGGAUAGUAGAGUGGGGAGGGGAUAGUAGAGUGGGGGGGAGGGUUAGGGGAGGAGGCGUUAGUAGAGUGGGGGAGGUUUGGGUCGUGGGUGAGGGGGAUAGUAGAGUGGGGGAGGGGGAUAGAGGGGGAUAAGACUAGAGGGGGGAGGGGAGGAUAGUUAGAAUGGGGGAGGGUGUGAUCGGGAGAGUGGGGGAGGGGGGGUAGGGUGGUAGUAGAGUGGGGGAGGUUUGGGAUAGUGGAGUAGGGGCUAGUAGAGUGGGGGAGGUGGGGAUAGUGGGGGAGGUUGGGAUUAGUGGGGGAGGGGGGCUUAGUAAGUGGGGAGGUUUCGGGGGUGGAUGGAGGAGGAUAUAGAGAGUGGGGGGGAGGGGGAUAGUAGAGCGGGGCGGGGGGGGGGAGGGGGCGGGGGGGGGAUAGUAGCGUGGGGAGGGGGAUAGAGUGGGGGAGUGGGGGGUAGUAGAGUGGGGGAGGUUUGGGAUAGUGGGGAGGUUCGGGAAUAGGGAGUGGGGGGGAGGUUCGGGGAUGGGGAGGUCGGGAUAGAGGGGGGGAGGUCGGGGAAGAGGGGGGGGAGGUUCGGGAUAGAGUGGGGAGGGGAUAGGGAGAGUGGGGGAGGUGGGAUAGGAGAGUGGCGGGAAGGGGGAUAAUAGGAUUGGGGGGAGGGGGGAUGGGGAUGUAGAGUGGGGGAGGUUGGGGAUAGUGGGAGUGGAGGAUAGUAGCUGAGAGUGGGGGGAGGGGGGAUAGUAGAGUGGGGAGGUUCGGGUUUCGGGAGGUCGGGAUAGAGAGGAGUAGAGUGGGGGCGUUUCGGGAUAGGGGGGAGGGGGAUAGUAGAGUGGGGGGAGGGGAUAGUAGAGUGGGGGAGGGGGAUAGUGAGUGGGGGAGGGGAAAUAGUCGGUGGGGAGGGGGAUUAGUAGCGUGGGGAGAGGGAUAGUAGAGGGGGGACGGUUGCGGAUAGUGGGGGAGGUUGGGGAUAGUGGGGGAGGGGGAUAGUUAGAGUGGGGGAGGGGGAUAGUAGAGUGGGGGAGGGGGGAUAGUAGAGUGGGGGAGGGUGCUUUGAUAGGAGAGUGGUGGAGGGGGGGUGGUAGUAGUAUAGUAGAGGGGGGGAGGUUUUGGAUAGUGGAGUGGGGGACUAGUAGAGAUGGGGGAGGGGGGAUAGUAGAAGUGGGGGCGGUUCGGGUGGAGAGGAUAGUUAGAGUGGGGGAGGGGAGGAUGAUAUUAGAUGGGUGGAGGGGGGGACUGAUGAUAGUAGAGUGGGGGAGGGGGAUUAGUAGGGGGAUAGUAGAGUGGGGGAGGGGGAUAGUAGAAGUGGGGAGGGGGAUAGUAGCGUGGGGGAGGGGGUAGGUAGUAGAGUGGGGGAGGGGGGUAGUAGAGUGGGGAGUUGGGAUAGUGUUGGAAGGUUAGGGAUAGGUGGGGGGGAGUUCGGGACAGAUUGGGGGGGAGGUUCGGGAUGUAGGUGGGGAGGGGGGAUGAUAGGAGAUGGGGAGGGGGGGGGGGAGGGGGAUAGGAGAUUGGGGGCGGGAGGGGGGAUAGUAGAGUGUGGGGAGGGGGGGAUAGUAGGAUGGAUAGUAGAGUGGGGGGAGUUUGGGAGGGCGGAUAGUGGGGGAGGAUAGUAGAGUGGGGGAGGGGGGAAGUAGAGUGAGGGGAAGGUUCGGGAUGGAGAGGAUAGUAGAGUGGGGGAGGGGGGGGGGGAGGGGGCUAGUAGAGUGGAGGAGGGUUAGGGGGAAGAGAAGUGGGGGAGGGGGAAUAGUAGCGUUGGGGGGAGGGGGGCAGAGUGGGGGAGGGGGUGGUUGGUGUAGGGUGUUAGGGUGGUAGGUAGUGGAGGGGUUGUAGAGUGGGGGAGGUUUGGGAUAGUGGGGGAGGGUUCGGGAUUAGAGCGGGGAGGGGGAGGGAUAGGAGGAGGGGGGGGAUAGGAGAGUGUGGGGGAGGGGGAGGGGGGGUAGGAGAGUGGGGAGAAGAGGGGAUAGGAGAGUGGGGGAGGGGGGCUCGGGGAGGGGUGGUGGGAAGACGGAGAGUGGGGGAGGGGGUGGGUGUGGGAGAGGAGCGUGGGGGGAGGGGGAUAGGAGAGUGGGGGAGGGUGGAUGUGGAUAGGAGAGUGAGGGAAGGGGGUCGGAGAGUGAGGAGGGGGGAGAUAGAGUGGGGAGGGGGGAUAGGAGAGUGGGGGAGGGGGGGGUAGGUGUAGAGUGGGGGGGGAGGGGGGACGUAGGUGGGGGGAUGAGGGGAUAGUAGGUUUAGAGUGGGGGAAGGGGGCAGAUGAAGGGGAUAGAGUAGAGCGGGGGAGGUUAGGGGGUGGAGAAAGAAGUAGAUUGGGGAGGGGGAAGAGGGACAGUAGAGUGGGAGAGGUGGAUAGUAGCGGGGGGAGGGGAUAUGAUUGAGCGGGGGAGGGGAGUAGUAGGGGUAGUAGAGUGGGGGAGGUUGGGAUAGUGGGGGAGGUUGGAGAUAGGGGGGAGGUCAGCGGAUUCAGGUGGGGGGGGAGGCUCGGGAUAGAGUGGGGGGUAGGUCGGAUGAGAGUGGGGGGGAGGGGGAGGUUCCGGGGAUGUAGAGUGGGGGAGGGGAUAGGGAGUGGGGGAGGGGGAUAGGAAGAAGAUUGGGGGAGGGGGAGGAUAGUAGAGUGGGGCGAGGUUUGGGUAGCGGAAUGGGGGGAAAGUAGAGUGGGGGGAGGGGGAUGAUAGUAGAGUGGGGAGGUUCGGGAAAAUGGAGGGAGGACAGUAGAGUGGGGAGGGGGAUAGUAGAGUGGGGAGGGGGGAGGGGGAAUGAGGGGGGGGAGGGGGAUGUAGCGUGGGGGAGGGGGAUGAAGUGGGGGGAGGGGGCGGUAGGGGGUUAGGUGGGUAGUGAGUGGGGGAGGUUUGGGGUACGUGGGGGAGGGUAGUUGGGUGUAGAGUGGGGGAGGGGGAUAGGAGAGUGGGGUGAGGGGGAUGGGAAGGAGAGUGGGGGAGAGGGGAGGGAGCAGGAGGAGAGUGGGGGAGAGGGGGAGAGGAGGAGUGGGGGAGGGGGUGUGGGAGAGGCGAGUGGGGGAGGGGGUGGGUGGAGAGUGGGGGAGGGUGGAUAGGGAGAGUGAGGGAAGGGGGAUAGGAGAGUGAGGGCAGGGGGGAUAGAGUGGAGGGAGGGGGGAUAGGAGAGUGGGGGAGGGGGGGUUAGAGAGGGGGGGAGGGGGGAUAGUAGCGUGGGGGAGGGGGGAUAGUAGAGGUGGGGGAGGUUCGUGAUGGAGAGGAUAGUAGAGUGGGGAGGGGGAUAGUAGAGUGGGGGCAGGUUCGUGAUGGAGAGGAUAGUAGUAGUGGGAGGAGGGGGAUAGGAAGAGGUGGGGGAGGGGGUAGGUAGUAGUAGUAGAGUGGGUGAGGGGGGAUAGUAGAGUGAGGAGAGUUUGGGAUAGGGGGGGAGGGUCGGGGAUCGAGUGGGGGGGGAGGUCGGGAGGAUAGGGAUAGAGUGGGGGGGAGGUUAGGGAUAGAGUGGGGAGGGUGAUGAGGGGGAUAGGAGAGUGGGGGAGGGGGGUCAGUGGUAGGUAGAGUGGGGGAGGGGGCAUAGGAGAUGGUUGGGAGGGGGAUAGGAGAGUGGGGGAGGGGGAUAGGAGAGUGGGGGAGAGGUGACGGAGAGGGGGGGAGGGGGUUGGGGAGGAGAGGGAUGGCGGGAGGGGGGUGGGGGAGGGAGAGGGAGAGGGGGGGGGGAGGGGGAUAGAAGAGUGGGGGGAGGGUGGAUAGGAGAGUGGGGGAGGGUGUAUAGUAGAGGGGAUAGGGGGAUAGUGAGAGUGGGGUAGGGGAUUAGUAGAGUGGGGAGGGGGAUAGUAGGUGGGGGAGGGGGAUGAUAGUAGAGUGGGGGAGGGGGGGAUAGUAGAGUGGGGGAGGUUAGGUUUGGAUAGUGGGGGAGGGGGAUAGUUAGUAGAGUGGGGGAGGGGGGGGGUGGUAGUGGUAGUAUAGUGGGGGAGUUCGGGGAUAGUAGCGUGGGGGAGGGGGAUAGUAGAGUGGGGGGAGGGGGGAUAGUAAGUGGGGGAGGUUCGGGAAGGAGAGGAUAGUAGAGUGGGGGAGGUUCGGGGAUGGAUGAGGAUAGUAGAGUGGGGGAGGGGGAUAGGAUAGUAGAGGGGAGGAGGGGGAGGGGGAUAGAGUGGGGAGGGGGAUGUCGCGUGGGGGUGGGGGAGGGGAUAGAGUGGGGGAGGGGGGUAGUAGGGUAGUUAGUUUGGUAUAGAGUGGGGGAGGUUUGGGGAUAGUGGGGGAAGGUUCGGAUAAGAGUGGGGGUGGGGGAGGGGGAUAGGAGGUGGGGAGGGGGAUGAUGGAGAGUGGGGAGCGGGGAUAGGAGAGUGGGGAGGGGGGUGUGGGAGAGGAAGGAGGGGGAGAGGGGGGAGGGGGAUAGGAGAGGGGGGAGGGGGGAUAGGAGAGGAGGGAAGGGGGAUUAGGAGAGUGAGAUAGGGGGGGAUUUGGAUAGAGUGGGGGAGGGGGGGAUAGGGCGAGGGGGGAUAGGGGAGUUAGUGGUUGGGUAGUGAGAGUGGAGGGAGGGGGAUGGCUGGGUCGAGGGGGGAGGGGAUUGGGGGGGGACGUAGUAGAUGGGGGAGGUUCGUGAUGGAGAGGAUAGUAGAGGGGGGGAGGGGGAUAGUAGAGAGAGUGGGGGAGGUAGCGUUAUGAUGGAGAGGAUAGUAGGAGGGGGGAGGGGAUAGGAGAGGUGGGGGGGGUGGGUUUGUUAGGGGAGGGGGGGUAGUAGAGCGGGGGAGGGGGGGAUAGUAGAGGGGGGAGGUGGUUUGGGAUAGGGGGGGGGAGUUCGGUAGAGUUGGGGGGGAGGAGGUUCGGAUAGAGUGGGGGGAGGGUAGGGAUCAGAGUGGGGGAGUGGGAUUAGGAAGCAGUGGGGGGAGGGGGGUAAGGGUUGUAGGUAAGUAAUUAGUAAGUGGGGGGGAGGGGGCUAGGAGAGUGGGGAGAGGGGGAUAGAGGAGUGGGGGAGGGGGAGAGGGAGUGGGGGGAGAGGUGAUAGGAGAGUGGGGGGGGGGUGGGGAGAGGAGAGUGGGGGAGGGGUGGUUGGGAGAGGAGAGGGGGGAGGGGGGAUAGGAGAGUGGGGAGGUGGAUAGUAGAGUGGGGUAGGGGGAUAGUAGAGUGGGGUAGGGGAUAGUAGAGUGGGGAGGGGGAUAGUGAGUGGGGAGGGGUGGGAUGGGCUUGAUAGUAGGUGGGGGAGGUUGGGUAGUUGGGAGGGGGAUAGUAGAGUGGGGGAGGGGUGGGGGUGUAUAGUGGGGGAGGUUCGGGAUAGUAGAGUGGGGAGGGGGAAGUAUUAGAGUGCGGGGAGGGGGGAGGGGGGAUAGUUAGAGGUGGGGGGGAGGUUCGGAUGGAGACGGAUAGUAGAGGGGGGAGGGUUCGGGAUGGAGAGGAUAGAGGUGGGGGAGGGGGAUAGAUAGUGGGAUGGGGAAGUAGAGGGGGGAGGGGGGAUAGUAGAGUGGGGGAGGGGGAUAGUAGAGGGGGGAGGGGGAUAGUAGAGGGGGGAGGGGGAUAGUAGAGGGGGGGGAGGGGGGGGAUAGUUAGAGGGGGGAGGGGGCGGGUUAGAGUGGGAUAGAGAGUGGGGGACGGGGGAUAGUAGAGUGGGGGAGGGGAUGUAGAAUGGGGAGGUUCGGGAUGAGAGGAUUAGUAGAGUGGGGGUGAGGGGGAUAGUAGAGUGGGGGAAGGGGGAGAUAGUAGAGUUGGGGAGGGGAGGUUGGGAUAGUGGGUCUGGAUGUGGUUGGGAUAGUGGGGUAGGUCGGGAGUUUAAGAGUGGGGGGGGAGGUUCGGGAUAGAGGGGGGGGAGGUAUCGGGGAUAGAGUGGGGGGGGGGGUGGGAGGGGGUGGGAGAGGAGAGUGGGGGAGGGGAUAGGAGAGUGGGGGAGGGGGGUGAGGGGGAUAGGAGAGUGGGGGAGGGGGAUAUGAGAGUGGGGGGUGGGAGGAGGAGAGUGGGGAGGGGGAGGAUAGGAGAGUGGAGGGAUGGGGGAUAG